AUGUGGGUAUUAGUAAGCCUUCCACCCAACAGAGAAGCCAUAGGCAGCAUGUGGGUCUUCAGGGUGAAAUACAAUGCAGAUGGCUCUUUACAAAAGCACAAGGCAAGGCUGGUAACUCAGGGGUAUGCUCAGAAACAUGGAUCUGACUUCAUAGAGACCUAUAGCCCAGUGGUGAAGCCUACUUCCAUUAGAUUGUUGCUGUCCAUUGCUGUAUCCAAAUCCUGGCAAGCCCCAAGAGAGUGGUAUCAUAAGCUGGCAAGUGGAUUAAGGGAGAUUGGCUUUGCAGCUACCAAGUCUGAUGUCUCAGUUUUUGUCAAAAAUGUUGAUGGACUCCAAACUUAUGUGCUUGUGUAUGUAGAUGAUAUCAUUGUGACUGGUGAAUCUUCUGCGCUUGUAACAGAUGUGAUAGCUAAGCUGAACAAAAAGUUUGCUCUCAAAGAUAUGGGAGACCUACACCACUUCCUUGGAAUUCAAAAAUAUGUUGGGGAAGUAUUAAAGAAAGCUGGUAUGGUUGGUUGUGCCUCCUGCCACACACAUCUGCCAUCCACUGUGAAGAUCUCGGCUCUUGGUGGGUCUAGCUUCUAUGACCCAAAGCUAUACAGAUCGAUCAUUGGCAGCCUGCAGUAUCUCACAAUAACAAGGCCUGAAAUCUGCUACAGUGUUAACAAGCUGUCUCAAUUUGUUCAAGCUCCUUUGGACUGUCAUUGGAGAAUGGUUAAACGGGUACUAAGAUACUUGAGUGGCACAACAAGCUACGGCUUACAUAUAAAACAGGAUUCCUCUAUGAGCGUAACUGCUUAUAGUGACUCAAACUAG